AUGGCGGAGCCUGAUCCCACAGCAGCAGUGUCCCCUGAGGAGGAGGAGGAGCCGCUCAUCACCACCCUGGACAUCUUCCUCUUCUCCCUCCUGGCCGGCCUGCUCAUCUACUGGUUCUUCUCCCGCAAGAAGCCGCAGGACAUCCCUCAGUUCAGGCACAUCCCCACCGUGGUGACCCCUAUUAGAGAGACCAGCUUCAUUGAGAAGAUGAAGAAAACGAGCCGGAACAUUGUGGUGUUCUACGGUUCUCAGACGGGCACUGCGGAGGCCUUUGCCACCCAGCUGGCCAAAGAUGCCCAGCGCUACGGCAUGAAGGGGAUGCCAGCUGACCCCGAGGAGUAUGACAUGUCGGAGCUCUCUCGUCUGGCGGAGAUCCCGGGGGCCCUGGUGGUGUUCUGCAUGGCUACGUAUGGCGAGGGUGACCCCACGGAUAACGCCCAGGACUUCUAUGACUGGAUACAGGCCGCAGACGACAGCCUAGAGGGCGUGAACUACGCCGUGUUUGGCUUGGGUAAUAAGACCUACGAGCACUUCAACGCCAUGGGCAAGUAUGUGGACAAGAGACUGGCUGAGCUCGGCGCCAAGAGAGUGUUUGACCUGGGCGUCGGAGAUGACGACGGCAAUCUGGAGGAGGACUUUGUGUCGUGGAAGGAGCUGUUCUGGCCCGCAGUGUGUGAGUUCUUUGGGGUGGAGCCCACAGGGGAGGACUGCUGCGUGCGUCAGUUUGAGCUGGUGACCCACAGUGACCUCAACAUGAACCAGGUGUUCACGGGAGAGAUGUCACGCCUCCGGAGCUACCAGAACCAGAGACCGCCUUUUGAUGCGAAGAACCCAUUCCUGGCCACAGUCACCGCCAACCGUAAGCUGAACAAGGCAGGAGAACGCCACCUCAUGCACCUGGAGCUGGACAUCUCAGGAUCCAAACUCAGGUAUGAUGCAGGGGACCAUGUGGCGGUGUACCCCACUAAUGACGUCGCCAUGGUAACCAGACUGGGAGAGCUGCUGGCCGUGGACCUGGACACUCUCAUCUCCCUCAACAACAUGGACGAGGAGUCCAAUAAGAGGCACCCGUUCCCGUGCCCCUGCUCCUACCGGACGGCGCUGACCCACUACCUGGACCUCAGCAGCCCGCCGCGCACCAACGUGCUGUACGAGCUCGCCCCGUACGCCAGCGACGCCCAGGAGCAGGACAUGAUGCGCAAGAUGGCGUCCGCCUCCGCAGAGGGCAAGGCGUUGUACCAGAGCUGGGUGCUGGCCCCUCAGAGGCACGUCCUGGCUGUGCUGGAGGAUCUGCGCUCACUGAGGCCCCCUGUGGACCACCUGUGUGAACUGCUGCCUAGACUGCAGGCGCGCUACUACUCCAUAGCCUCCUCUGCCAAGGUGCACCCGUGCUGCGUGCACAUCUGUGCCGUGGUGGUGGAGUACUCGACCUCCACCGGACGCACCAACAAGGGUGUGGCCACCAGCUGGCUCCAGCACAAGGUGCCCGCUCAUGCCAACGGGCACCCUGCCCACGUGCCCCUGUACGUCAGGAAGUCCCAGUUCCGGCUGCCCUUCAAGGCCAGCACGCCCGUCAUCAUGAUCGGCCCGGGCACGGGCAUCGCCCCCUUCAUGGGCUUCCUGCAGGAGCGCGCCUGGCAGAAGGAGCAAGGGAAAGAGGUUGGUGAGACAGUGCUUUAUUAUGGUUGUCGUCAUAGAAACGAGGACUUCCUGUACCAGGAGGAGCUGGAGGAGUUUGAGAGGAGCGGGGUGCUGACCCAGCUGAACGUGGCCGUGUCCAGAGACCAGGAGCACAAGAUCUACGUCCAGCACCUGAUGAAGCAGAACAAGGAGCACCUGUGGAGGCUGAUCCAUUCCCAGAAUGCACAUCUCUACGUGUGUGGGGAUGCCCGUAACAUGGCGCGUGACGUGCAGAGUGCCCUGCACCAGGCGGCGGAGGAGGUGGGGGGGCUGAGCCACGCCCAGGCGGUGGACUACUACAAGCGGCUGAUGACCAAAGGACGCUACUCGCAGGACGUGUGGAGCUGAGGUGGAUGCCACCACCUGCCCGCCACCACCUCAGGCAGCAGAGGACUCUGGGAAGGAUCUGGUUCUGCACGGGUUCAGCCUCAAUGAGGGGUUUAGUAGACGUCCACCACAUACUGUACUGGUUCACCAUACUGUCCAUGCAUAGAGACGGGCGGCCAUUUUCCCUGUUUCCAUGGCAUCUGACCCCAGAUAUGGACAACUACUCUCAGCCACUAUAAGUGGUCAUCUACAUACACAGAGGUGUUUUUUAUUUCACCUGGACUCUAUGUUCCCAUGGGGAUCUGGCCAACAGUCACCUGCUAUCUGGACCAGCUGUGAUUCUCUAUGGUCAGUCUUUGGCAUACGAAGAGAUGUCUUUAUCGCCAUGGUUUCCCAUGUUCCCCAUAGAUGCUGCGGCUACGCCAUGUAGAAUAGAAUAAAGGAUGGAAUAUAGAAUAUAGGAUGGAGUGUGUGAUUCUAUGAUGCUUUUCAGUACUAGUAGUCUGAUGACGUAAGAACUGUAAUGCAUGUUUUCACCAUGAUGCACCGUACCCUCUCCUGGGCAGACACGCUGAAGGUGUGUAUAUGGUGUGUCCAUGGACAAGACUUGUUAUUAGAGACAAGAGCUUGUUUUGUGUUGAGGGUGUAUGUGGUGUUGUGUCCAGCUUUUCUCUGUACUGGUUAAACUAGUCAGCAAUGCAGUGUGUCUGUUCUGUUGUGUUCAGCUGUUUUGCUCUGGAUUGAACUGGCUGUAGUUAGUCCUGACGAUCCACAUUAUUCAUUGUGGCCACAGGAACGAGAGAAGCCUAUUGGGGCAUCCAAACAGGAAGAGGAACAAGACAAGUCUAUUGCAGUCAUUUCCUGUGUAUUAGCCGCAUUGUGUAUAAGCCUCAGAACAAUGUUUAAUGCAAGUUAAAAGAAACAAAACCAUAUUAAUACCAUAUUAACUGCCCCUGUGUAUUAACCUCACAGCUGAUGAAAUUUUGCAAAAUAGAUAGUCUUUGAAUCAAUAUCUAAACUCGGCUUAUAGUUGGUAGUUACAGUAUCUGUAUGGCCUGUGUUCACCAAACGUUCUAAAAAGGAACUGGAAUAAGAGAAGUCGAUUAGGGCCCGUGUUCACCAUACGUUCCAAGAAGGAAGUACUAGCAACAGUAAACACUUUAGACCAAACGCCUCUGAAGACUGCCUGACUCCUCUCCUAAAACACUUCCACACCGCAGACACCUCACUUCUGACUCCUGGUAUCAAACCUCUGUUCCCAGCAGCACCUCCCCCCAGCUGUAGUGGCAGCAGUUCAUUUCUCCACAGUGAACUGAGGUCUCUACUGCGUGCUGUUACUGUAUUUAAUGUAUGGUUAUGGCUAUGGCUAUCAAGUGUGAUAAACGGACUAUAUAGCCGCAGGUGGCAGGCACUGGUGCUCUGAUGUGUGCCUCGUAUCUCAGAGAUGACUGACAAGCAUGAGUAGACCUCUGUGCGUGUGUGUGUGUGUGUGUGUGUGUGUGUGGGUGUGUGUGUUCAAAGUGUUCUCCAUGUGACUGCCUGCCUUAGACACACGUGGUGGUGUCACCAUGAAGAGAGCUGUCCAUGUGUGCCUUUUAAACUUUAUUUAAGCUUUACUUCAACUUUAUUUAAGCUUUAUUUCAACUUUAUUUCAACUUUAUUUAAGCUUUAUUUCAACUUUAUUUCAACUUUCUUUAACCUUUAUUUCAACUUUCUUUAAGUUUUAUUUCAACUUUAUUUCAACUUUCUUUAAGCUUUAUUUCAACUUUAUUUAAGCUUUAUUUAAACUAUUUGGAAGACUGUUGUCCUUCCUCUGUCUUGUUGUCCUUGCUUGUGAUUAGCAGCACAACUAUAUACGGCACGUAUGUAUACGAGUGAAAUACAUCUUUGGUAAUAUGCCAUGUAAACAUACAGUGAAACAUACAUAUUAUAUACAUUUAUGUUUCAAUGUAUGUUUAUAUAUGCUGUAUAUAAAUACAUACAGUGUAGUUUGUAGUGGCAAUAUACUAUCAUGUACCAUACAGUGAAAUAUGCAUUUGGUUAUACACCAUGUAACAUACAGUUGAACAUAUGUUUGAUUAUACACCAUGUAACAUACAGUGAAACAUAUGUUUGGUUACACACCAUGUAACAUACAGUUGAACAUAUGUUUGGUUGUACACCAUGUAACAUAAAUUUUGCAAGCAGCUGUUGUGAGGGUAAGGGGGAGAGAUGAGGAAGUGUUUAGUGUUUCUGCUUCCCACCUUUAUGUUAAUGAUUUAUCUUUAUGAAUGCAAUAAAAGGGAAUUAAUGUC